CAAGUGGUCCCACCGUGAGAGGAAACCCACCAAAUCGGAUAAGCAAGGCUGGAUGGCAGUGAGGAUAUCAAACGAAUGAUUUCAAGCCAUUUAGUCAAGACGAUCAAUCUACAAUCAUACACCAAGUGAGAUUAAGUACAUAAUUUGACCAAUAUGAAAUGAAAUAAAGUGGACUACUGGAGGAGCCCAGCCCCCUGACCUCCAAGUCUUUGAAACAUGGCGGGUUUACAGCUUGUCACUCCUGCUACUUCACCCAUGGGGCCUUUCUUUGGCCUGCCAUGGCAGCAGGAGGCUAUCCAUGACAACAUCUAUACACCCAGGAAAUAUCAGGUAGAACUUCUUGAAGCAGCUCUUGAACAUAAUACUAUUGUCUGCUUGAAUACUGGCUCAGGGAAGACCUUUAUUGCAGUACUUCUAACAAAAGAGCUCUCCCACCAAAUCCGUGGACAUUAUCAGAGAGACGCCAAGAGGACUGUUUUUCUGGUGAACACAGCUUUGUCUGUAGUUCAGCAAGCAGCUGCAGUCAGGACUCACUCCGACCUUCAGGUGGGAGAGUACACAGAUUUGGAGGAAACCUCAGCAUGGACCAACCAACGUUGGAGUCAAGAGAUAACCGAGAAUCAGGUGCUGGUCAUGACUUGCCACAUAUUCCUGCAUGUUUUGAGGACUAAAAUCUUACUUUUAUCUAAACUCAACUUGGUGGUUUUUGAUGAUUGUCACCUGGCCAUUACAGACCACCCCUACUGUGAGAUAAUGAAGCUGUUUGAAGAGUGUUCAUGUAGUCCUCGUAUCCUGGGUCUCACAGCUUCUCUUCUAAAUGGAAAAUGUGACCCUUCAGACCUGGAGCAAAAGAUCCAGAAUUUGGAAUCAAUCUUGAAGAGCAAUGCUGAGACUGCCACCGACCUUGUUGUCCUGGACAGAUACUCCUCUCAGCCAAGAGAAGUUGUGCUGGACUGUGGCCCCUAUUUGGACAAGAGUGGUCUUUCUUCCCAUUUGUUGAUUGAACUGGAUGAAGCUCUCUACUUCCUGAACGAUUGCAACAUGUCUGUUGACAGGGAGGAUCGCAAUCCUACAUUAAUUUCCAAACAGAUCCUGAGUGACUGCCGGGCUGUGCUGCAGGUGCUGGGGCCCUGGUGUGCAGAUAAGGCGGCAGGCAUUAUGGUGCGGGAGCUCCAAAAGUAUAUCAAACAUGAGCAGGAAGAGCUCAACCGUAAGUUCCUGCUCUUCACUGACACCAUCCUGCGCAAAGUGCAUGCCCUCUGCGAGGAGCACUUCUCCCCUGCUUCACUGGACCUCAAGUAUGUCACCCCUAAGGUCAUCCGGCUGCUUGAGAUUCUCCACGAAUACAAGCCCUUUGAGCGGCAGCAGUUUGAAAGCGUUGAGUGGUACAACAAUCGGAACCAGGACAACUAUGUGUCCUGGAGUGACUCAGAGGAUGACGAUGAGGAUGAGGAGGUGGAGUCCAAAGAGAGGCCUGAAUCCAACUUUCCCUCACCUUUCACCAACAUUCUGUGUGGGAUCAUCUUUGUGGAGAGGCGUUACACAGCUGUUGUUCUCAACCGUCUAAUCAAAGAAGCUGGGAAGCAGGACCCAGAGCUGGCUUAUAUCAGCAGCAACUUCAUCACUGGCCAAAGUAUUGGCAAAAACCAGCCACGGAACAAACAGAUGGAGGUGGAGUUUAGGAAACAAGAGGAGGUUCUCCGCAAAUUCCGGGCUCAUGAAACCAACCUCCUUAUUGCCACCAGCAUUGUGGAGGAAGGUGUGGAUAUUCCAAAGUGUAACCUGGUAGUGCGAUUUGACCUGCCCACUGAGUACAGGUCCUACGUCCAGUCCAAAGGCAGAGCUCGGGCUCCUGUCUCCAACUACAUAAUGCUGGCUGACUGUGAGAGGACCAAAGCUUUCGAGGAAGAUCUCGCUACAUACAAGGCCAUUGAGAAGAUCCUGAGGAACAAGUGUGCCAAGUCAGUUGAGGUGAUUGACUUUGAAGUGGAGCAGGUUCUGGAUGAUGACAACACCCUUCCACCUUAUGUGCUUCGAUCUGAGGAUGGAGGUCCCCAGGUCACCAUUAACACAGCCAUUGGACACAUUAACAGGUAUUGUGCUCGGCUACCCAGCGAUCCAUUUACCCACUUGGCACCCAAAUGUAAAACUUUGGAGAUGCGGGAUGGAUGCUUCCAGUCAACACUCUACUUACCCAUCAAUUCCCCUCUGCGAGUCCCUGUUAAGGGUCCUACAAUGACCUGUGCCAGAUUAGCAGAGAAAGCUGUUGCACUAGUAUGCUGUGAGAAACUCCACAAAACGGGUGAGUUGGAUGAUCACCUGAUGCCCGUUGGGAAGGAGACUGUCAAGUAUGAGGAGGAGCUGGACCUCCAUGAUGAGGAGGAGACCAGUGUCCCAGGCCGACCUGGUUCCACCAAAAGGAGGCAGUGCUACCCCAAAGCGAUACCAGUGUGUCUGAGGGACAGUUAUGCUGUAGACAUAUACUAUCUAUAUGUGAUUGGGAUGGUCCUUACCACCCCUCUCCCAGAUGAACUCAACUUCCGCAGAAGGAAGCUCUACCCACCAGAGGACACCACCAGGUGCUUUGGCAUCCUUACUGCCAAACCCAUACCUCGAAUCCCUUAUUUCCCAGUGUACACUCGCUCGGGUGAAGUGACCAUCUCCAUUGAGCUGCAAAAGUCUGGCUUCAUGCUCACAUCCAACCAGCUCAACCUCAUCACCCGCCUGCACCAAUACAUCUUUUCCCACAUACUCCGCCUGGAGAAACCUGCACUGGAGUUCAAGCCCACGCUAGCAGACUCUGCUUACUGCAUACUACCUCUGAAUUUUGUUGGGGACUCCAACACACUUGAUAUGGAUUUUAAGUUCAUGGAGGACAUUGAGAAGUCUGAGGCCCGCACUGGCAUUCCUACCACUCAGUACACCAAACAGAACCCCUUCACCUUCAAGUUGGAGGACUACCAGGAUGCUGUCAUCAUUCCAAGGUAUCGUAACUUUGACCAGCCUCAUCGCUUCUAUGUAGCCGAUGUGUACACAGACCUGACGCCGCUUAGCAAGUUUCCUUCACCAGAAUACGAGACGUUUGCUGAGUACUACAAAACCAAGUACAACCUGGAUCUGUCCAACCUAAAUCAGCCACUCCUGGAUGUUGAUCAUACCUCCUCCAGACUGAACCUGUUGACCCCUCGGCACCUCAACCAGAAGGGAAAAGCCCUGCCACUUAGCAGUGCAGAGAAGAGGAAGGCCAAGUGGGAGAGUCUGCAGAACAAACAGAUCCUGGUUCCAGAGCUGUGUGCCAUCCACCCUAUCCCUGCCUCCCUGUGGAGGAAAGCCGUGUGUCUGCCAAGCAUCCUCUACCGACUCCACUGCCUCCUGACUGCUGAGGAGCUCAGAGCCCAGACAGCCAGUGAAGCUGGAGUGGGAGCCCAGACCCUCCCACCUGACUUCAGGUAUCCAAACCUGGACUUUGGCUGGAAGAGAUCCAUAGAUAGCAAAACAUUUAUCUCCUGUCCUGAGUCCUUCAGAGAGGAUAGCAAGGGUCACUGUAAGCACCAACAGACAAUAACCCCUGACCCCAGUUGCCUAACACAACCCAAUAGUUACCACUCUUCUCUGCCUGAGCAGGGGGCCCUUGCAGCCCCUGAGUCUGAAGACACCACCUGUACCCGCAACCUAAUUAAUGGCACUGCCUUUGUCACACACUGUGACAACAGCAGUCACCAAGACAAGCACCUUCUCCAAUAUGACAACUGCCAAUGCUCCCAGCCCAGCUUUCCUAUGCUGCCAAGCCCUGAAUCGAUACAAACCACUACCUCAGUUCCUGUGCAGCCCUUACACAGCUUGAAGAAUUCCUGUCCCCCCCAGUCUAGUGAAGGAUCUGGGAGGAUUUCAGAAAACACAAAUAAAGCUACCUCAGUCUGCAGCCGAGAAACCACGGCUUCCAACACUCCCACAGCACCUUUUCCUCAUCUUGUCUCUGACUCCCAGCACAGAGUCCAGAUAGGAGUCUCCCCCAAAAGUCUGGGGCCCAACCCCGGCCUCAUCCUGCAGGCCUUGACCCUGUCAAACGCAAGUGAUGGCUUCAACCUGGAGCGGUUAGAGAUGCUGGGUGACUCCUUCCUUAAGCAUGCCAUUACCACAUACCUGUUCUGUACCUAUCCUGAUGCUCACGAGGGACGACUCAGUUACAUGCGCAGCAAGAAGGUGAGCAACUGUAACCUGUAUCGUCUGGGGAGGAAGAAGGGGCUCCCAAGCAGGAUGGUGGUGUCCAUCUUUGACCCCCCUGUAAAUUGGCUCCCUCCUGGCUACGUGGUCAACCAAGAUAAAUGCAUCAUUGACAAACAGGAUUUAGAGGCCAAAGAAGAGCUUCUGGUCAAUGGGCAAUCUGAGAACGACGAUGAUGAGAAUGAGAAGGUAGUUGAAGAAGUGGAUGACGGCGGUGAGGUAAUGCUGAAGGAUGAACCAAAUGAGGGCAACAUGGAAGAUGAUCUGGAGUACUACAAUGAACACAUUAAAUUCAUUGAUAACAUGUUGCUAGGAUCUGGUGCAUUUGCAAAGAAGAUCUCUUUGAGUGUUUUCCCUCCAUCUCCCACCGUGGCCUCGGCUUCCUCACCCGUAGUGGAGUCUCCAUAUGAAUGGAAGGCCCCCAAGAAGCCCCACCAAAGCUCCUCAGCUUACCAACCCUCUGAGCCGGCAUCCAGCGGGUCCUUAGCUGAAGAGUUUGACUACAGUUCGUGGGAUGCCAUGUGCUACCUGGACCCUAGCAAGGUCGGAGACGAGGAUGACUUUGUGGUGGGUUUUUGGAAUCCAUCGGAGGAGAACUGUGGAGUUGAGCUUGGCAAGCAGUCAAUUUCCUACGAUCUGCACACAGAGCAGUGUAUCGCAGACAAGAGCAUUGCUGACUGUGUGGAGGCUUUGCUUGGCUGCUACCUAACCAGUUGUGGAGAAAGAGCUGCCCAGAUGUUCCUCUGCUCAUUGGGCCUAAAGGUGUUACCAUUGGAGAGAGGGCGCCUAACAGGAGCUCUUGGGCAAAGCUGUCUGACAACAACUAUUGACCUGUGUUAUGGCUGGUUAAAGAUCCCACCCCGCUGCAUGCUGGACCAUCCAGAUGCAGAGCAAACUCUAAACCACCUAAUUUCUGGUUUUGAAAACUUUGAAAGAAAGAUCAACUACACCUUUCAGAAUAAGGCUUACCUCCUGCAAGCCUUUACCCAUGCAUCUUACCAUUACAACACCAUUACAGAUUGUUACCAGCGGCUUGAGUUCCUUGGUGAUGCAAUUUUAGACUACCUCAUAACAAAGCACCUUUAUGAAGACCCACGGCAGCACUCACCUGGUGUGCUGACUGACUUGCGCUCAGCACUCGUUAACAACACCAUCUUUGCCUCUCUGGCUGUCAAGUACGACUACCACAAGUACUUCAAGGCCAUCUCACCUGAGCUUUUCCAGGUCAUUGAUGACUUUGUGCAGUUUCAGUUGGAGAAGAAUGAGAUGCAAGGCAUGGAUUCUGAGCUACGACGCUCUGAGGAAGACGAGGAGAAGGAGGAGGACAUUGAGGUUCCUAAGGCCAUGGGGGAUAUCUUUGAGUCGUUAGCCGGAGCAAUUUACAUGGAUAGCAGGAUGUCAUUGGAGAGGGUUUGGCAAGUGUAUUAUCCUAUGAUGAGGCCACUUAUAGAGAAAUUCUCUGCCAAUGUGCCACGCUCUCCUGUGAGGGAGCUUCUGGAGAUGGAACCAGAAACUGCCAAGUUCAGCCCUGCAGAGAGAACGUAUGAUGGAAAGGUGCGGGUGACGGUGGAGGUAGUUGGCAAGGGCAAGUUUAAAGGAGUUGGCCGCAGUUACCGGAUCGCCAAGUCAGCAGCGGCAAGACGAGCUCUGCGUAGCCUCAAAGCCAAUCAACCUCAGGUCAAUAACUGAGCUCCUUCUCUUCGCUCAGUAUUAGCACCUAAGCUAUUGACACUACAGAAGAAAAUGCAACAUCGACUUCCCAGCACAGACUGAUGCAAACCCUGUAUAUUCAGCCUGCAAUGGCACAGCCAGGACAACUGUGCGAAGAUGCAACAGAAGAAGCAGACUGAGCUCAAAACAGACAGAACAGUGGCUCUCUUACAUUUUAGGUUUUCUUUUUUCGCGCAAACACAAUCUUUAUUUCCCUCUAUUUCGUGUAAUCACAUGAGUACUUUAUUAACAUUUAGUCAAUUGUUUAAAAAAAAAGGUUAGGUCACAAUCUAUUUCUCAGUUUUGUUUGUUAACCUUUAUGUCAGAUAGUUGAGACUUAUGCUUAUUGUGUAGUAUUAGACUGUAAAAUAUUAGUAUCAAAUUGCAAAUCAAAGUAGGUAAGAAAAAAUAAAAAUAUAACUAAACUCCUCAGCCUCUGCACUAGUGCCAAGCAGUUUAGAAGUGGUUUUUAAACGCUAAUAGCAGACAUGGCUAACAGAGACCUCUGUCUGAAAUCUGUCUUGAAAUGGUAUUCUAAAUGGUAUUUUUUAUAAUUUUUGCACUUAUUAGGAUCUGUUAUAUUUACAGCUGUGUGGUAACACUGACACCAAAAUCAUAUUUGUAGCCGAUGAAUAUAUAUAAAAAAAUGUAUAAAGAUUAAAAUUGCGUAAAUGAUAUUCUUGCCUUUGAUGCUAAAAUUCACCCUCAUAUUGAAAAAUGAAUAGGGAUUUCAACAUUCCCAGUUGCUGUACUUUAAAUUAAUUUUUAACAACUGGAUGACUUCUAUACAUUUUCUAUGGCUGUAACUCAAAGUGAGUGAAAGCAACAUUGGAUGUUUUUGGCAUUAUCUUAGAAAUUUGGCUUAAUGUUUUUUGAUAUCAAGAAUGGAUGGAAUUGAAAUAUUAAUUCUUACUCUGUAAAUGUCUUUCCAUCGAGCAACAUAUUCAGUUUUGAUCUAAAAAGAAAGACCUAUGAGACAUAAAAUAUACCAUAUGCUGCACCAUUUUCUACAAAUUGGAUACUUGUGUAUAAGAUGCAUAGAAUCUUUUACGAAUACAGCAAAUUCAUUUCAACACACACAGUGUUACUCACAUCCCAUACCAACCAAAGCUAUAGCAGAUUUGAUACUUUAAGGCUUGAGUCGAUUCCUAGGGAUAAGGAUACCAGACAUUUCUUUUUUUCUGACAAAUUUUGCCUCACUAAAUGUCUUUUGUUGUUCAUCAGAAAGCCCCUUUUUGACUUGAAUACCUCAGUUAAUUGCAUGCAUUUUCUUUUUUCUUUUGUUUGGUGCUAUGUUUUUGUAUUAAGCUUGAAUUUCUCAUCUUUUUGCACUGUAACUAUAAUACCUCUUUAUUAUACUUUUUUUAAUCUGUUUUAUUUGGUUGUCCUGUUUGUCAACCUUCAGUCUGUAAAAUAUUUCAUUAUUUCUUAUUUCUAGUGUUAAAAAUCUUUUUUUGAAUUCUGUGUUAAUUGAACAGAAAUAAUCUAUCAGAAAUGGGUCAGUGCUUGUAGAAGUAAUCCGAUUGCACUCUUAAACGUUAAAUAUACUCCAAAAAAUAGGCAGAGCGGAAA